AUGAAUCCAGGUCAACAUCAGCAAUCGAGAAGGCCAAGACUUAAUGAAGAACUUGUUAUCGACGGUGUUUUGUCGACACAACCAGAACUUGGUCCAAUUAUACCAGAUGGGGGGUAUGGCUGGUUGGUGUUCUUGGCAACGCUGUUUUUUCAGGCAGUCGUUCCAAGUUUGGUCGCAAGUUUUGGAAUAUUCCUCGUGUUUUCAAAACUUCCCAGUUUAAGGAAAGAUAUUGAACCAAAUCUAUGGGAUAAUAAAAUGUUAUACACCCCAUUAAUGUUCAUAGCCAGUUGGACAUUUUUUGAUCCCACCACUCGAAUCCUGAUUUCUCACAGCACGUGGCCAAGACUUGUGGCUACAGCUGGAACUUGCCUGACAUGCGCAGGGUUGUUAAUUUUAUGGAUGGGAAUGGAGAGUGACGGAAGCUUCAUGUUCGUUUUAGCUGGACUAAUUUCCGGUAUUGGAGCAGCUAUUCAAAUGCCACAAUGUGAAAUACUCCUCGGUCAGUACUUUCGAAUCAAACACAAUAUUUUGGUCUAUAUAUCCUAUGGGGUGAUGGCACUAGGUUUUAUUAUAGUCCCCAUCGUUAUUGGACACCACAUACUCAGUACGAAUUUGCACAAUGUAUUGUUAUGGUAUCAAGCCAUUAUCCUUCAAGGUUUGAUCUGCAAUUUGACUUUCCGGAAACCAACCUAUUUGAAGUCCAAACAAACUGAUCAGUACAAGUACAUAACGUCAAACCCAGACGAUGAAGAAGAUAUUUUAUUCAAGAGUUCAAGAGAAUUACAGAUCACACGGCAAAACAGCACAGGAACCAAUAUAACAAUAGAGAAGCACCAGUUGCCUUCAAUCACAGAACCUUCUACCUCAGACCCUAGUAGCAGUGGUACGAAGCAAAAUAAACCAAAAGACUGGGAAACCUUUGACGAAGAUGCCAAUGAAGAAAACGAACAAAACAGAUACGAAGUUUUGAAGAACGAAUGGGAGACAUUCGAAGAUGACGAUGUUCCAGAAGAACUUAAACCUAGAGAAGAUGGAAGCAAAACACGUGAACCUAAAAAUCUCAAACUCGAAUUAUCGUUGGCCGAUGAAAAUGAACCCAAACCUAGAAAUAACUUUAAUAACCUUCCAAUACCACUUUUCACAGAUUCACCUGUGAAUAACAACAAUACAUACUCGUAUGAUAUUGUCGAGCAAGAUUUGAAUUUACCAAGGCCAGCUGUUUUUAUGCCUACCACUAUCAACAGACCGAAUAUCUCAUCAAGUCUUGAGCUUCUUCAACGACCCACCUUCUACAAAUCACUCCUGUCAGUGAUGACAACGAAGUUUUCAAUCUUUAUGUACUAUACACUACUUCCCACCUUCAUGUAUCAAGAAAUCAAAAAAAUUGGACUCAAAGAAGUGGCAUCGUUGAUGGGAUUAAUGUCAAUCACCACUCUACUCUUUUCUGGAGUUGCUUAUUGGAUAAAUAUUGACAAGAAAAAGAGGGCGAUUUGCUUAUGGUGCCUAUGCUGGGUGGGAGCAUUUGGAUACUUUAUGAUAUCAGAUUCCAAUAAUACAAAGCAAGUUUUCAUCUAUGGAGCAGUCCAAGUUACACUAAGCAUUGCUACUUUACAAUUUGUUGGUAUGCCUUUAUUGGGACUCACUAUGAGAGGAGAGAGCAAUAUGGAAUUUUGUUUGAUCAACAUGAUGACAGGCAUUUCCUUUAUAUUCUUUUUAAUUAUAAAUUGUAGUAUCAGGAACUGUUUUCGCCUGAUGGGACUACUUCACUUCUUUACUGGAAUGCUUUGGUUUGUUAAUUACAUUUAUAAAAAAAUAACUAAAUAG